GGGAGCCCAUCCAGCCAUGGCGUCGUUCCCGCGUCUCAGCGGCUAGCUGUGGCUGCCGUCCUUCGUCCGUAAUGGCCGAGCUGCCGCUGAAGGAUUUGCUUUCGGCUUGCGGAGGACCGCAUUUGAAACAUGGAUCCCAGAUCUCGCGCAGCUUCAACGCUGAUCCGCUUCCGGCGGUCCCGGGGGGAAGGAUAUCUGGACCCCAGCGAAGCCGACGCCCUGGCCUUGAGCCUUUGGCGCUCCCACGCGCGGUAGCGGAUCUGCGGUGGCCGCCAGGGAAGCUGUGUCCCUUCUGUUGGCGCCACGGUGCCGGAGGACUGGCUGGAUGCCAGUCCCAUCCAUAUGGAGGUGCGGCAGUUUCCGCGGUGCGGCGAUGACGAGUGCUCAGUUGCUGCCUUGCCCUAUACCUUUGGCGGCCGCUUUUCGGGAAGACACUACCCGACAGGUUGCCUGCUUCAGGGCGCCGCGGAGCUCAAGUUCUGCUUGACUCCGAAAGGCACGGCUGCCAAAUCUAUUUGGCAGCACGUUGCCGAAAACCCCUGUGAUUCCCCGUGGUUGUCCUGGUCGGCUUCGCCGCUGGUCGCCUUCUGGCUUGCGGUGGCGCAAGCAAAGCCAGGAAGUGCUUCAUCAAGGAGCUGGUAUGGUGGCAGACAGUGACCAGCUGACCGAAAGAAGACCGUUUGCCUUUUCCCGUGUGGAGCGAGUGGUGGAAAA